UGCGCUGAGACGAAUCUAUUUAAGCUGAGAGUCAGGAAUAAUAUUUCUUCUUUACUAGGAUUCUGCAUAUGCGCUGAGACGAAUCUGUUUAACCUCAGAGUCAAGAAUAAUAUUUCUUCGUUACUAGGGCUGAAAGCAAAUAGAAGCCAGUUGUAUUGUAGUCUGCUCUUCUGCCGACGGGGAGAUGAUCCAUAAACUUCAUUUGCUGCUGCUGUUGUUUUUAUGGUUGGCAUGUUUCAUCCAUUCGGGAGUCUUAGGAUGUUCAGAGUGCACUGAUGUUGAGACAAAUGGCUUUGUGUGCGAUGGACAAACGGUCAACUUGUGUCAGACUGAUCAUUCGAAGUCGUGGAAAGUUGCCGUUAUCACUGAAGAAACCAUGGAUUUGUAUUCAUGUGACGGCCUGGAGGCUGGAGACAAACUCUUACUAUUUGUUAGCAAAGGAAGACUGAUCAAUUAUGGCAAAUAUGAAGUGGUCACAGCACAAGACGUCACACCGAUAGCUGGAGACGAAAAAUCACAAUGCCGAGUUGUUUUUGACAAACCCAUUACGAUGAAUCUUGAAAAGGACCACCUAACAUGUUUGAUCGCUCAAAGGCUUCCCUCAUUUGACAAAGUAUCUUUACGUAACAAAUGUGUCCUGACAUGUGAUGAACAGAAAGAUGGCCUUGGAGGAAUUCUGGCCUUUGAGGCUGACAACCUGGUGAUCGAUAGUACUUCCAAAAUAGAUAUGACUGGAAAAGGAUUUACAGGCGGCCUUGGAGGUGAUUCCCGUGGGGGUGGAGGGUACGGAGGCGAAACGUUCGACUGUCCGGCAAACGCGUUAUUAGGAAAAGGAGGAGAUAUUUCUUACGUACCCUGGGCAAAGAACACGGACGGAAUUGGUGGUGGAGGGGCUGGGGACGGGCCAAAGACAAGAGUAGGUUCUAAAGGAGGUCCGGGAGGAACUAAUGCCGGCGGCGGAGGAGGAGACUCAACUGUCAACAGAGACGAUGGUGCAGCCGGUGGGGGAGGGGGUGGACAUUUCUCCGGUGGCGGAGGAGGGGGAGGAGGCAGUGGGUGUGGUGGUAAAGAUGGAGGAAAGGGAGGAUCAGCUGGAAACAUCGGUACUCACGCUGGGGGUGGGGGUCAGUCGUCUUGCCCAGGAGGACAUGGUGGCAAUGGAGGGAGUGCAGGGAAAUGGCCUCCUAAACAAGCUCCCCACUGUUACGACAAGUCAGCAUCAGGUGGUAACGCGGGCUCAUCUAGCUCUGGAGGUGGAGGAGGUGAUUCUUGUGGCAAUCAUUACGGUGGAGGUGGUGGAGGAGGCGGACUCCAAUUUGGCAAUACCAACUUCAAGACUCACCUGAGUUACGGAGGGGGAGGUGGAGGGGGAGGAGCAAGUGCGUUCAGAGAUGACCCCAACCCUGGAGGGAAAGGCGGAAGUGGAGGAGGACUGGUGUAUUUACAGGUUGGGAAACUUGUACUACAAGGGACCAUCAGUGUGAAAGGAAACUCUGGACAAUGUCUCAACCGGAAACGUCACAGAUCAGCCCCAGGGGGAAGUGGCGCUGGGGGCAGUGUUGUCAUCUUUACCAAGAAACUCAUCGGAGAUCCGAAGAGUAAAAUUUCCGUUUCCGGAGGGGAUCCUGUAAAAUGUGCCUUUGGAACUGGCGGUGGUGGAGGUGGUGGUAUCGGACGCUGGGUUGUACAGGAAGGUCAAUCCACCCAUCACAGUUAAAUCUGUCUUGGACUUUAAAAGGACGAAGCCGAAACAAGUGAAGAGUACAGCUAAUGGGUUCGCUUUAGAUGAUUUGUUCUCUGUUGUAUCAGCGUGGUGUAUCCGAACACAAGUUCUCUUGACACCAUCAAUUAGUUGUAGUUGAAGGAUGCAAAGUAGGAAAUAAACUUAAUUGAA